AGUACUUCCGGCCACACUUCCGGCCUUUUGUCGUGUUCUCUUCCGAAUGAAUGUUUUGAUGCGUUGGUGUAAUUUCACGCAAACGCCUACAACGAUUCAAGAGGCGACCGCUUUCCAGUGCUUUCUUCAGAAACUGGCGGCGACCCGGCCUUGGCCUGAGACGUGACGGGACGUGAGAGAUAAAUGUUUUUGAACUCGAGAGAGCCAUUCGUUUCGCCCGUCGUCCAGAACGAUGUCCGAUUGGCAACAAAACCAUCCAUCAAUUCAAAUUUGUUCCACAGCUCUCUGAUGCCGUGACGUUCUGUCACAGCACAUCUUCUUCGUGGUCAUAGCCGGUCCCGGUCGCCGCUGAGCGCACGACUUGCCGAGCGCUCCCGAACCUCGCGUGAGGUCAACUGCAGCGGUGAGCCCGGGUCCACGCACGACUCCGAAAGAUUUGUUUCCUUCCUCUUUCCCGGAGCGGGCGAAGGCGAGAGUCGAGCUCGAGCCUCGUUAAACGUCGAGAGACGUCCUACCGUGGGUGGCAGAGCGGGUUCUCGGCAGAGAUCGGACGGCGGAAGCCGUCGACAGCCAAAUGCCACGAAGACAAGAUCGGUCCCAAAAACAAGGCGGCAAAUACGGCGCCGAUGGGGACAAGAACACAGCGGCCCUGAUCCGUACUGCCAAGAGGCGGCUUAUGACUGCUCUUGGCGACGCCGAAAGGCUGGUCGGACGGCCCCGUGUGCGUCCCCCGCCCGUCCGCCGUCGUCGGAGACAACUCCCUGUCCACCGCAGGCUGUCCGGGCCCCGCAAGGUGUCCGCGGCCACCUGGACGGUGCAGGAGAACGGAGAGCCCGUGUCCUUCGUGUCGCAUACCCGCUGGCGGGACCAGCCCCGCUGCGUGCGCGGCGCCGCACCGGACACCCUGGACGAGCUGUUCCGAGGGCGCACGCUCCAGGAUCGCCACCCGAACGAGCCCAGGGCUGUCUACUCGGAGGCCGAGGUCGGCAGCCUGUGCCCGAUCUGCGGCACGCUCGUGUUCCAAUGGGAGGCCCACGCGGCGGGCGCGCUGCACCUGGAGAGGGUGGCCGCUCUCUCUGCGAGCUGCCCGGAGCCGACCGAGAGCGACCUGCAGGCGGCGCUUCAUGUGCUCCAGGCUGCGCAACCCUGGAUGUUGGCGGCCUCCAUGGCUGCGAUGCAGCGGCGCCCGCCGCCACUGCCCGCCAAUGACGACGAGGAGGCACAACAGGAACCCGCGGAGUUCUCGCCACCGUCGUCGCACGGGAGUAGCCCCUACCGGCCCGAGUCGCCAACCAGCGAGCCUCCCUUCAACCCGGAGCUUGACAAAGACCCCCCACGCACGGAUUCAAAUGCUGCGGAGGAAGGCAAGUCCCACGACGACUACAUCAGAGAUGCACCCCCCCACACCUGGAGGAGCAGCAGGUGGCAGUAGCUCCUCUGUACGUUGAUUCUUUCCAUUUCAUGCUAACGAUACUCUUCAGCUAGGUACAGCUGCAAGGCCAUUUGUUGUGGUGGAAAGACAACCGUGUUGGUGCCUCAGGCAGAGCUGUGUGUUCCCCUCAAGCGGCACGAACUUGAACAAGAAAAGUGACGUGUGCAAGUAUUCCGGUUUCAGAAUAUCAGGUUCAAAUACAUAUUUUCCCAUUUACUUGA